UCUCCACGCAUCGGUGACUGACCUCCUCCCCAAAGACCAGGAGCACCGGGACAUUGCUCGGGGGCUGGGUCGGACCUUCUCCCCGUCCCGGGAACGGGGUGGGUGGAAUCCCGAGCUGGGAAACUAUCGCUAAAAAUGAACCGAGUGGGAAAAGACGAGCCGGACCCUGCCCAGUGACAAGGUGACCGGUGCCCACUGACUCCCCCAGCACUGGCCUGGGGGACGGUAUAAUCAAAGAAAAAAAGGGCAGUUCUUUGGCAGGGCAAUUCCCAUCUCUUCCCGGUGCUGCCUGGGGAGCAGCGUUGAGUGGGAGGGUUGGAGGGGGGGACAGGGUCCCGCUCCCUCACUCAAGUGCAAGCGAUGCUGUUCACUUGGAGACGUGCUCAGCGGAGCGGCGAAGGGGCCACUCGCUCUCUCUCUCUCUCUCUCUCUCUGUGCACCCCCUUUCCCCCUCCCCCUUUCCAUCUGAACCUGCCAGCUCCUUUCUCUCAGGAGCACAGCCCACCACCGAGAACAACAAUAGGCUUUGUCCCCAGCCCCCCAGCCCUCACAUUCACCGCCCGAAUCAGAAGUGAGAGAGAGAGAGUUAGUUGGAAGCGGAGGCGCCUUGGCUGUGGAGGGGGAAACUGGAGAGGUCUGUGGACACAAUGCUCCAUCCAACCCUCUCCUCGCCAGGCAAGCGCCGUGUGUAGGGGCUGGAGCUCUCUCUGUCUCUCUGCGAGCCAUGAGCAGCGACAGCCAGUACGAGGACACUGAAUCCAGCAUGGUGCUGGAGGAUAUCAAGCGCCGGCUCCUCAGCGCCUUCAGGGGAGCCCCGGCUCCCUGCCGGCCCGCCCAGCCUCGCAGCCUCAGCGGGAACGCCCGGGCGGACGAGGAGCUCCGCAGGGCGCAGAUCGACGGUGCCAUUAGCUGGGUCCGGACCGAACUGCUGGAGAUGCGAUACCAGGACCGGCAGCUGGCCAGAACCUUGCUGGAGUUAAACAGCGAAAUCCAAAAGCUGAGGAAGGAACAGGGACUGUUCAAGUGUUUGGGCAGCGAGCCCACGCCAGCGAGAACUUCAGGCGCUCAGCACAGCCGAGCAAGUUCAGCCGCCCGCAGAACAGGGAGAAAACACACUUAAUAUAGGGUUACUGCCCAAAAUUAACACCCGCUUCGGAACCCACCCACCGCAUUGAGAUGGAACUCUGGCUUAUUCAUAAGGUGGUUGUGAUUUAACAGGUUAAGUCAAAUUAAAUAUUGUUAAUGCAUUAUUUUUGUAGAAUUCCAAAUGCGUUCUGCACUCGACGUGGUAAGGGACGUAAUAAUUAGGUGAAAUGCAAUCCGACGCCCUCCUUCCCGGAUCUUGUGCUCUGAGGGUUCACGGUUGUUCAGCGCGGAAACCCUGCGCUAACUCUCCCAGGGGAAGUGUAGGUGCAUGUCGUGUGUUGAGCAGUCUGGGGAACCCUGCUCCCUCUCCAUGCGGGUGUCCGUGAGUUUUAAUCGACAGCACAAGGACUGACUCCUUUUGGACGCGUGUUGUAACGAAGACGGUCAGUGUUUGUGUCACUGGGCAGCCGGCGCACUGUUUACCAGUGGCCGUGGCGCCAGGUCAGCUCUGCGAUGGAUAGUGUGGGCAGCGCUGGGCAGGAAUUCGCCUGCUCCCAGCAUCGGGCAACAAGCUGAUCUGAAUGUCCUUUGAUGCAUUGUCUGCAAAGAAAGUCGAAUUAAAUGGGAGGGAAUCUCCAGCUCUAACAAAUCAGCGCCUACUCGGUUGCAACAUUCUUUGUCCGUCUCCACUGCACGGUGCUAGUGAUCAAUGACCCAGGGACCAGAGUUCCCCGGAAUAUAAAUUUAGUUAAAUUUUGGACAAAAUGCCAGCGAUCUUGACGGUGACCAUAUAAAACCCCACCCAGUUCACUGAUGGCCUUCCUACAGGGAAGGGAAUCCUUGAACUCCCAGUCGGGUCUCCAUGUGAAUUCCAGAUUCACUUCAAGGUGGUUGACGCUCACUUGCUCUCUGAAGUCCUCCAGCAAGCCAUUCCGAUCAAGGGCAAUUAGGGAUGGGUAGCACUUAGUUGGCAAUGCCUGAAUCUCAGGAAUGAUGAAGAAAAAUUCCCACUGCGGAGGGCCGGGAGCUAAUAUGGGAAAGUUGGUGCCAAAAGUGGUUCAGCAAUGUAAAUAAAUUAUGUUCCGCUGCACUUUUGGUAUUGGCGUCAUGUGUUAAACCAUCUGUAAAAAUGUUCCAUUUUAUGUUCCUAUGUCAGUACUUAAGAAAGAAACAAUCUAUGUAAAUCAUCAACCUUGAUUCAAUCCCAACCUCUAUUGAUGUCUGUGUUGAGGUUACAUGUAUUGUCUGUGUUGAGGUUACAUAUAUUUCCUGUGACCACGUGGGUUUCUCCCAGGUGAUCUGGUCUGCUCCCAAAAUUGGAUGGACAGGUAUGCUUGGACUCAGUGGGCACAAAGACCUCUUGUGUCUUGGAGUCAUAGAGUCACAGAGCAAUACAGCACGGAUACAGGCCCUUCGGCCUAUCAAGUCCAUGCCGACCAGGUGCCCACCCAGCUAGUCCUAAUUUCCUGCGUUCAGCCCAUAUCCCUCCAAGCCCCGCCCCUCCACGUACCUAUCCAAGUGCUUCUUAAAUGAUACUAUUGUACCUGCCUCACCCACUUCCUCUGGCAGCUCGUUCCAUCUACUCACCACCCUCAGCUCGAAAAAGUUGCCCCUCAGGUCCCUUUUGAAUCUUUCCCCUCUCACCCGAAACUGAUGCCCCCUAGUUUUGGACUUCACUACCCUGGGGAAAAGACUGUUACUGUUUCACCUUAUCGAUGCCUCUCAUUCUCUUAAACACUUCUAUGACGUCAUAAGGAAAAUAUACAGUAUGAACAUCUUUUCCUCAAUGGAUAUGCCGCAGCACUAUUGAUACUCUAGGGCUUGAUGUACUGAUGUAUUCAGGUACUUAUUAUGGCGCAGAGGUAGGUCAUCCAGACCAUCAGCCCAUGCUAGCUCCAGUACAGCAAUCCCAUUCCCCUUCAGCCCUGCAACUUAUUCUCUUACAAUUACCCUCUGUCCCUUAUACAUCUACAUCAUGGCAAAGGAGAUGAAAUGGAACGUUACUGAAAUCCUGAGCAUGGUGCAUACUCAGUAAUAGCCUCCCAUGCGAACAUUUCCAAAGAGAAUUCCAAUUGCAAAACAUCAGCAUCUGCCCGUGAUGAUUCUCUGAAUUACGCUAAGUGCUGAGCAGAUUGGCAGUCCACUUUACAUCAAGUGUCUUCUGUUGACAUCCAGGGGAAAAGAAAUCAGGUAAAAUGUAAGCCACUAGUAAUCAGUUUUAACAGUGAAAGUUAGUCCCAAAGGAACGUUCAUUUUCUGGAGUGUUGGAUUAGUGUCCAGGUUUUUGUUUUCUUGUUUUUUUUGUAGUUUUUCUUUACACUUGCUUAUAUGCUUGUAUAAUCACCUGUUUGUCUGUAAACCUUUAGUAACUUGUAGUAUAUUUGGCCUCCAUACUUCUCCAGUUUCUUUGCCUGUAAAACAGAAGUGUGUCUCAGACUGUAGUUUUUCACAGGUUUCCUUAUCUGACUGGUUUAGACCAGUUUGCAGUAUAAAGGGAGAGCAUGAGUUUAAGUUCUUUUGUUACUUCGUUUUACUUGCCUUGCCGGCUGGUGCAGGCUGACCCUGUCUGACCUGUACUGUGGUGAACAUCUAAUAAAACGUC